CAUCAUCUGCAGAAUGAAAUCCAAACGAGCCUGAUGAUCUCAAAUCCACAUUUCCAGCCUCUGUCUCCAAAUACAGAAAAGUGAUUUCCAACUUAUGCUUGUAAAUGUGGAAGUAAAAUAGGCUCUAAUGAAAAUGCUCUAUAAAAUCCCAAGGUUGCAUGAUGGAAUUUGGACAUUACCUCAAGAGGUUUUAUGUUUUGGAUUAGCUAAUUGUGUUUGUCCUCUGCUGACUAUUUCUUCGGAGUCAUAUUUUUGGUGUCCUUUUGAGGCAUUAAACCCAAAGGGAUUAUACCAUGGACUACAAGGAGAGCUGCCCAAGUGUAAGCAUUCCCAGCUCUGAUGAACACAGAGAGAAAAAGAAGAGGUUUACUGUUUAUAAAGUUCUGGUCUCAGUGGGCAGGAGUGAGUGGUUUGUCUUCAGAAGAUAUGCAGAGUUUGAUAAACUUUAUAAUACUUUAAAGAAACAAUUUCCUGCUAUGGCCCUGAAGAUUCCUGCCAAGAGAAUAUUUGGUGAUAAUUUUGAUCCAGAUUUUAUUAAACAAAGAAGAGCAGGACUGAAUGAAUUCAUUCAGAACUUAGUUAGGUAUCCAGAGCUUUACAACCAUCCAGAUGUCAGAGCAUUCCUUCAAAUGGACAGUCCAAAACAUCAGUCAGAUCCAUCUGAAGAUGAGGAUGAAAGAAGUAUUCAGAAGCUACACUCUACCUCACAGAACAUCAACCUGGGACCAUCUGGAAAUCCUCAUGCUAAACCAUCAGACUUUGAUUUCCUGAAAGUUAUCGGAAAAGGCAGCUUUGGCAAGGUUCUUCUUGCAAAACGGAAACUGGAUGGAAAAUUUUAUGCUGUCAAGGUGUUACAGAAAAAAAUAGUUCUGAACAGAAAAGAGCAAAAACAUAUUAUGGCUGAACGUAAUGUGCUCUUGAAAAAUGUGAAACAUCCAUUUUUGGUUGGGUUACAUUAUUCUUUCCAAACAACUGAAAAGCUGUAUUUUGUUCUGGAUUUUGUUAAUGGAGGAGAGCUGUUUUUUCACUUACAAAGAGAACGGUCCUUUCCUGAACACAGAGCUAGGUUUUAUGCUGCUGAAAUUGCCAGUGCAUUGGGUUACUUGCAUGCAAUCAAAAUAGUGUACAGAGACUUGAAACCAGAAAAUAUUCUUUUGGAUUCAGUAGGACAUGUUGUCUUAACAGAUUUCGGGCUUUGUAAAGAAGGAAUUGCUACUUCUGACACCACCACCACAUUUUGUGGGACACCAGAGUACCUUGCACCUGAAGUAAUCAGAAAACAGCCCUAUGAUAAUACUGUGGAUUGGUGGUGCCUUGGUGCUGUUUUGUAUGAAAUGCUGUAUGGAUUGCCUCCUUUUUAUUGCCGAGACGUUGCUGAAAUGUAUGACAAUAUUCUUCACAAGCCCCUAAAUUUGAGGCCAGGAGUGAGCCUCACAGCCUGGUCCAUUCUGGAAGAACUCCUAGAAAAAGACAGGCAAAACCGACUUGGUGCCAAAGAAGACUUUCUUGAAAUUCAGAAUCAUCCUUUUUUUGAAUCACUCAGCUGGACCGACCUCAUACAAAAGAAGAUUCCACCGCCAUUUAAUCCAAAUGUGGCAGGACCAGAUGAUAUCAGGAACUUUGAUGCAGCAUUUACAGAAGAAACAGUUCCAUGUUCUGUGUGUGUGUCUUCUGACUAUUCUAUAGUGAAUGCCAGUGUACUGGAGGCAGAUGAUGCCUUUGUUGGUUUCUCUUAUGCACCUCCUUCAGAAGACUUAUUUUUGUGAACAGUUUGCCAUCCAGAAGCCAUCGAGCAAAUAUAAGCCUAUGGAUGAGACUGAAACUCCUGUUUGUGUGCAUAUAUUCAAAUAUGUUUAACUAGUGCCUCAUUUUACAUGUAAUGUUAAAAACUAUGAAAAAUGUAUUUUCUGCUGUAUGCAAGAAAAUAGUGCAUUUCAAAGAACUAAGUUUUGAAUUAAAAUUUGUAUUCUUGUUUAUUAGGCUUAUUUUUAAACAAAUUUUAAAAGCUAUUGUUCUUAGCUUAACCUAUUUUUAAAGAAAACUUUUUUGCUAAUGACUGUUCUUUCCCUGUAAGUUUACACGAACAUCUACUGAAGAUAGAUUGUUCCUCAACAGUCUAUGUCAGUUCAGUUAACAUAUAUUAAAUGCCUUUGUAACUCUCUACUUUGACCUUUGUUCUCAGAUCAGAUCUAUGCAAUUGGUACAUGGUUGUUUAAGAAGAAACUGUAUCUUUCCAUAAUAAAUCACUAUUUGACGUAACCAAUUCUUGGUAGGAUUAAAAUGUAAAAAUAUAGUUAACACAUUGGCUGCUAAUUAACGCUUUGAAUAAGUGUUCAUUCUGUAGAUCAAAUUAAGAAGUACAAAAGGAAAUACUUUGCUUUUGAAAUACCAAUUCAAAUUUGUGAAUUAGUGUUCCUUUGCAGAAAAAGUAAGAGUUUAAUAGUUACAAAUUUUGAGUAUUCCCAAAGAUCUGAAAGGUACUGCUGGAUAUUAUUUUAGGUGGUGCCAAAAAUGAAUGUCUCUGUGUUAUGUAUUUAUAUUAUAAAUACAUUCUAUUUAUGUUCCUUUUGGUCUUUUGAAUGUUUAAUAUAUUGCUAGGUAGGUCUAAAUCUUGGUAUUUGUUUUUACAAAUAGCUAUUCAAAACUGUCUUACUAAUUGGUUAAGUGAAAAAUACUGAGCUUUCUAGAGUAUUUACCUACUUGGGAAUUAAAAAGUAGAAGAGCAAAUUCUGGGUCAGUAUAAAUGUAUUUCACUACAAUGUAACAAAAGUUAAAAAUAAUUCAGGUAAAUGCAUGGUCAGUAUCUUAGCAGAAAGACAGGCAACUGGCCUUAAAAUCAUACUGACAACCAACCAACUUGUGUACUUGUAAUUGUGAAAGAGAAUAACUACAGAAAAACUAAAAAAGAAUGCUUAUCUUGGAAUUCUGAUUCUUGGUUUAGCGUAGAGAUUUUUCAAGUCAUGUUGGAAACAUUAUGGAAGAGUUUAGUGACCAAGUUUAGGUUCUUCAAGAACAAGCAUUCUUUCCAUGUAUUUUAUCUUAAGAAAGAAAUCACGAGAGCAUUUCAUACCAACACCCUUUAGCUUAAAAAUGUUCAGCUGAGUGGGAGGAGGGGAGUGUGCUUUUGUUAGAUUAAUAAUAUUUGCAUCCAAUACACUGAAUCUUCCUUCAGAGGUAAGACUUUAAUAGUGACACUGUAAAUAUUUGCUUUAUUGGCACUAUUGUAAGUUCUGCUUUUACACAAAGCUCUUUGCUGAUUAUAAAGCAAAAUAAAAACUAUAAUUUCUUGUA